AUGUCCCGUUCACAGGCCAGAGACAAGGACAGACAAGCCUUUUUAAGUGAUAUACGCCGUGGGCACCGUCCUAUCACCAUAUAUCGUCACGGCUUAGGGGAUCAAUCAAGAUCACCCAGCCGUAGUCGGAACACAGGGCACCAGUGCGGUUCUGGCACAUCUGGGUCCAUUUCCCCUGUAUCUGAAUACCACGACGCACCAUCGUCACCGCUUCCCUCAAGCGACGAGGAGUUGGAACGGAUUGUGCCGGAACCUCAAGCGAACGAUGCAGGUUCCCAUCAAGAUCGCAAGCUCAAAGUCCGUGUUCACUUCGAUCAGUGCCCUGAAGAGAGUGAUUACGAGAGGCGACCUGAGCUUUAUCGCAGCAACGAAAGGAACCGGAACCCCGCCAGAGUCUUUUCUCGCCAUGUCGAUGACAAAGCUUAUAUUAGAAAUGAGGAUUACUCCAGCGACGAAAAUGACGUGAGGCCUGCUGGCCAUACCGAAGACAGAACCCAUGUUAGACAUGAAGAUGACCACAAAGACGAAAAGAGCCUGAGAAAACUCAUCGAAGGUUAUGAGAAGAAGCGACUUUUCAUCUGCUGUGAUGGCACGUGGCAGAAUGCUUCAGGCACGAUGACACCCUUGACAAAUGUCGCGAAGCUUGCGCGAGCCGUCGACCGAUUGGGCCGCGACACCAACAUGCUGGUGGAGGGAGCAGAACUAUACAGAGAGCAUGGAGAACAGGAAAAUACUUAUGUCGGUCUUGUUCGGCAAAUCGUCUACUACUCUAGUGGUAUAGGCGGUCAAACCGCGCUCAAUAUCGAACGUGGCUUUUCCGGGCUCACAGGAAAAGGUACCGUCUCUAUCAAAAUAGCCUGUGGUGCGAAUCGAGUAUGCUGA